AUGGAGUUGUCGCCAAUGAGAAACAUGGGCAAGAAACCAGAAAAGCAAAGAAGUAACAAAAGGGUGUGGAGAUUGAAACUCAGUGUUACAUGGCAGCGUAUAAAAACUGCCAUGAAAUCCCGUCUGAGGAACGGCCUUUCCAAUCUCAACAAGCUCUCCACCCUGAAACUCAACCACCAUGAUCUGGCCAUCAUUAGGCCGAUUCGACACGUGAUGAAAAAGAAGAAGAAGACGGUACGUCCCACGAUGCCUUUGGCUCAGCUCAUCCGGUUGCCGUACACGGCGGCGGAUUUCAUCGACCGAGGCGAUGCCAUGACGCCCACCAAGUCACCUGUGGAGAAUGUAUCCACGCUAUGGCGUGAGCUUCAUGGUUUGCAUGACUGGGAUGGGCUAAUGGAGCCACUCCACCCUUGGCUGAGGCGAGAGAUCGUCAAGUAUGGAGAAUUUGUCGAGGCGACAUACGAUGCUUUCGAUUUCGAUCCCUUAUCGGAGUUUUGCGGAAGCUGUAGGUAUAAUCCGAAUAAACUGUUUGAAGAACUAGGCCUUACUAAGCACGGUUACAAGGUUACCAAGUACAUUUAUGCGAUGUCACAUGUCGAUGUUCCCGAAUGGUUCGAGAGGUCUUAUUGUACUUGGAGUAAGGAUUCCAACUGGAUGGGGUAUGUCACGGUUAGCGGUGAUGCCGAAACCACGAGAAUCGGGAGGAGAGACAUCCUCGUGGCAUGGCGGGGCACGGUGGCUCCGACCGAGUGGUACAGUGACCUAAGAACAAGCCUGCAGCGUCUUGGCAAGACCAAUAUCAAGGUCCAAAGUGGAUUCCUCGGAGUCUAUUGCUCAAAGGGAGAGUUCACAAGGUACAACAAGUUGAGUGCAAAAGAACAAGUCAUGGAAGAAAUCCAGAAGCUCGUUGCAUUCUUCCGAGACAGAGGCGAGGAAGUAAGCUUAACAAUCUGUGGUCAUAGCCUUGGUGGUGCAUUAGCACUCCUCAAUGCCUACGACGCAGCGACUUACUUCCCCGAUCUCGUCAUUAGCGUCAUCUCCUUCGCUGCACCAAGAGUCGGGAACAUACAUUUCAAAGAGAAGCUCAACGAACUAGGAGUCAAGACGCUAAGGGUCGUCAUCAAGCAAGAUAUAGUCCCAAAAUUACCCGGGUUUAUACUGAACACCAUUCUUAACAAGUUCACAGCAGUCACAGGGAGAUUGAAAUGGAUCUACAGGCAUGUCGGCAUGCAAUUGAAGCUUGACAUGCACCAUUCACCCUAUUUAAGGCGCGAUCCCGAUUAUACAGGAUGUCAUAACUUAGAGAUAUACCUUCAUCUGUUAGAUGGAUACGUUAGCAAGACAUCGAAGUUCCGUUGGAAUGCGAGAAGGGAUGUUGCCUUGGUGAACAAGUCAACCAAUAUGUUGAUAAAGGAAUUGAAGAUCCCAGAGUGUUGGUAUGAAAGGCCAUUCAAGGGACUUGUGCUGAACCAAUAUGGUAGAUGGGUUAAACCAGGGAGACAAGCUGAGAACAUUCCUUCUCCACUUAGCAUUGAAUCCCAAAACCAACCUCCAUUUUAGAUAGAUCGAGAGUUUUUUUUUCUUUUUUCUCUGUUAAUAAGAUUCUUUGAGCAAAUAUAAUUUCUUGACUUGGUUUUAACUAAAAAUGAAUUGUUGAAUUCAACAUUACACGUUGGCAUCC